CAGCUGUUAACGUUAUGGGGAUUCCUUUGUAUGUUAUUUGUUGCUUUUCCCUUGCUGCUUUUAAUAUGCUUUCUUUGAACUUAAGUUUUGUUAGUCUCAUUAAUAUGUGUCUUGGUGGUUUUUUCCUAGGGUUUAUCCUGUUUGGGACUCUCUGUGCUUCCUGGACUUGGGUGACUCUUUCCUUUCCCAUGUUAGGGAUGUUUUCAACUAUAAUCUCUUCAAAUAUUUUCUCAGUCCCUUUCUUUUUCUCUUCUUCUUCUGGGACCCCUAUAAUUCGAAUGUUGGUGCGUUUAGUGUUGUCCCAGAGGUCUCUGAGACUGUCCUCAGUUCUUUUCAUUGCUUUUUCUUUAUUCUGCUCUGCAGUAGUUAUUUCCACUAUUUUAUCUUCCAGGUCACUUAUCCGUUCUUCUGCCUCAGUUAUUCUGCUAUUGAUCCCAUCCAGAGUAUUUUUAAUUUCAUUUAUUGUGUUGUUCAUCGUUGUUUGUUUCAUCUUUAGUUCUUCUAGGUCCUUGUUAAAUGUUUCUUGCAUUUUGUCUGUUCUAUUUCCAAGAUUUUGGAUCAUCUUUACUAUCGUUAUUCUGAAUUGUUUUUCUGGUAGAAUGCCUAUUUGCUCUUCAUUUGUUAGGUCUGGUGGGUUUUUAUCUUGCUCCUUCAUCUGCUGUGUGUUUUUCUGUCUUCUCAUUUUGCUUAUCUUACUGUGUUUGGGGUCUCCUUUCUGCAGGCUGCAGGCUCGUAGUUCCCGUUGUUUUUGGUGUCUGUCCCCAGUGGCUAAGGUUGGUUCAGUGGGUUGUGUAGGCUUCCUGGUGCACGGGACUAGUGCCUGUGUUCUGGUGGAUGAGGCUGGAUCUUGUCUUUCUGGUGGGCAGGUCCACGUCUGGUGGUGUGUUUUGAGGUGUCUGUGGACUUAUGAUUUUAGGCAGCCUCUCUGCUAA